AAGAAGGGAAAUACCACAAGCAUUCAAGACACCGCCACUGAAGUCGAUCCGCCAUGACGCCCUCCAAGCUCUUCGAGCCUCUGCAGAUCGGAAACCUCCAUCUCGAGCAUCGAGUCAUCAUGGCUCCGCUUACUCGACUCCGCGCCGACGCAGAACACGUCCCUUUACCCAUAGCCAAAACGUACUAUAAGCAACGAGCAUCUGUGUCAGGGACGCUGCUCAUCGCCGAAGCCACUCAGAUCUCAGCAUCCGAAGGUGGGAUCCCACAUGGGCCAGGAAUCUGGAGCGGGCCCCAGAUUCAGCGCUGGAAAGAGAUCACCGACGCCGUACAUGAGAAGGGCAGCUUCAUUUAUUGUCAAUUGAUUGCGCUGGGCAGGGCGGCUGAUCCCGCUGUGCUUCGUGCCGAUGGCGAAUAUGAGCUACACGCCCCCAGUGCAAUUCCCAUGGACCCGGAAAUGCCUGUUCCCACGGAGUUGAAGGAGGAGGAGAUUCAGAGCAUCAUCAAUGACUUUGCGACAGCGGCGAAAAACGCAAUUCGAGCUGGGUUUGACGGCGUCGAAAUUCACGGAGCCAACGGCUAUCUGGUCGAUCAGUUUCUUCAAGAUGUGUCGAAUCAGCGAGUCGAUCGAUGGGGUGGCAGUGUUGCCAACCGCGCACGUUUCGCGCUGGAAGUUGCUAAAGCUGUGGUGGAUGCUAUCGGGGCUGACCGCGUUGGAUUCCGGCUCAGUCCGUGGAAUACUUGGCAAGGUAUGAAGAUGGCUGAUCCGACCCCUCAAUUUGCCUAUUGUGUGGAGCAGCUCAGGCAGUUGAACCUGGCUUACUUGCACCUCAUUGAGUCGCGCGUUAUCAACAAUGUGGACUGUGAACAAGGAGAGAGUAACACGUUCCUUCUCGACAUCUGGGGCAAAACCUCCCCUGUCCUUGUCGCGGGCGGAUAUACCCCGAAAAAUGUGGAAGCUGCUCUUCAGGGUGAUUACAGGGACUACAACGUCGCGAUUGUCUUCGGACGCCAUUUCCUUGCGAAUCCUGAUUUGCCCUUUCGCAUUCGCCAUGGACUUGCUCUCAACCCGUAUCAUCGAGAUAGCUUCUAUACCCCUAUACAAGAGAAGGGUUACAUCGACUAUCCCUUCAGCACGGAAUUUGCCAACGGCAACGCUUGA